CGCUGCAGGAGAGCUGGGGUGGCUCAGUUCUCGUGGCACACGGCGCGUGCGCUACGGCCGUCCUCGUUCGCUGCACUCGCGCUGCGAUUUAGGACGUUUCUGAGUUACGCCCACCCAGCACUCCGCCCGACUGCAGUGCAUUGCAAUUCGGGAUCCCAGUGGGCGGCGGACGGCAGUCUUGGUAGAUAUUUUGUGCUGUGUGCCGUGAAACUGGAACGCUGGAUUCCAUUCCUACCAGUUUCUUUUCUGGGCGAGCGAUGGUGAGCGAGGCGUGCGCCCAGCCUCGCGGCUCGUCGGCCAUGGCCGUCUCGCGCGUCUCCAGCCCGCCGCCCACGUCCAACGAGAACUCUCAGCCGACCGCCGAGAACUGGUGCUUCACGCAGGUGAAAGUGGUCAAGUUCAGCUACAUGUGGACGAUCAACAACUUCAGCUUCUGCCGCGAAGAGAUGGGCGAGGUUCUCAAGUCAUCCACCUUCUCAGCCGGUGCCAACGAUAAGCUCAAGUGGUGUUUGAGAGUCAACCCUAAGGGACUAGACGAAGAAAGUAAAGACUACCUGUCGCUAUAUCUUCUACUAGUAGCAUGCAACAAGCAAGAAGUUAGGGCAAAGUUCAAAUUCUCCAUACUCAAUGCCAAGCGGGAGGAAACAAAGGCAAUGGAGAGCCAGCGGGCCUAUCGGUUCGUGCAGGGCAAGGACUGGGGCUUCAAGAAGUUCAUCCGCCGCGACUUCCUGCUCGACGAAGCCAACGGCCUGCUGCCGGACGACAAGCUCACGCUCUUCUGCGAGGUGAGCGUGGUGGCCGACAGCGUCAACAUCUACGGCCAGUCGAACCAGGUGCAGUUCAAGGUGCCUGACUGCCGACUCUCGGACGACAUGGGCCAGCUGUUCGAGAGCCAGCGCUUCAGCGACGUCACACUGUCGGUGGGCGGCCGCGAGUUCCAGGCGCACAAGGCGCUGCUGGCCGCCCGCUCGCCAGUGUUCGCCGCCAUGUUCGAGCACGAGAUGGAAGAGCGCAAACACAACCGGGUCGACAUCACCGACGUGGACCACGAGGUGCUGCGCGAGAUGCUGCGCUUCAUCUACACCGGCAAGACGAACAACCUGGAGAAGAUGGCCGAUGAUCUGUUGGCGGCCGCAGACAAGUACGCCAUGGAGCGACUGAAGGUGAUGUGCGAGGAGGCGCUGUGCGCCAACCUCAGCAUCGAGAACGCCGCCGACGUGCUGAUCCUGGCCGACCUGCACUCAGCCGAGCAGCUGAAGGCGCAGGCCGUCGAUUUCAUCAACAUCCACGCCACGGACAUCAUGGAGACGCCGGCCUGGAAGUCGAUGAUCACCUCGCACCCGCACCUGAUCGCCGAGGCGUUCCGCGCGCUGGCAACGCAGCAGGUGCCACCCAUCAACACCACCCGCAAGCGGAUCAAGACGAGCCAAUGAUGGCCGGCCCGGGUGGCGCCCGAUUGCGCCGGGGCCCCCGCCUCAUCCCACCAAUCAUAGUGUUCAAACUGCCGUUUGCCGGACGACGUUUGUGUUGCCAUAGUGAUAAUUGUUGACGCGCGGCGCGCCGCCGUCGCCGCCGCCCUCAGUCAGAGCAUAUGGUCUCCUUUCUUGUUGGACUUGCAACUCUCGUGGUUACGUAGCUGUAGAGGGCGCGCGACUCGCAGCGCGCGUGCGCAAGGCGCGGACUGCGGCGCGGCCGCCUACUGCGUAGGCGCUGCUGGCUGCCGCGAGCGG